CUUAAGGGUAACUCUCAGGACACUUCAUACUGUUGAGAGGAGUUAUACCAGCAAAGAGCCCUGCUAUGUUGGAGCCUAAGCUCAACACAGAGCAAUCAGUGGGAGCUGAGCUCUUCCCCUGAAUGAAUCCAAGUAACCCCGGUGGUUGCCUUCUGAAAUGACCAGCAGACGCACAUCUGUACAAAGGCUGCCCGGAGUGUAAGCGGCACCUAAGGGACCAUGUCCAGCCCAGGAAGCCCUGAAGUGGAGUUUUCUACCACCACCGUCAGCUCAGUGGCUGUGCAGGCUGGGGACUCUAAAAUCGUUAUCGCUGUCAUAAAGUGUGGCAAAUGGGUACAACUUCAGCUUGCUGAGUCACAGCCCAAUAUUUUAGAAAUUGGUAGCAGUCAAGAUGAAACCAAGAAACUCCUUCAUGAUCAUGAACUUCUUUUGGCCAAGCUCAAGGCUUUGGAAGAUCAGGUAUGGGAGCUCCUGCAGGAAGCGGACAAGACAGCUGAAGAGAAUAAGGAUCAGAGUCAGGUGUACGAUGCCAUGGCCAGCACCCUGGGUGAAGCAUGGGCAGCCCUGGUCUCCAUGCUUGAAAGAAGAAGGGAGCUCCUCAGGUUGACCUCUGAAUUUUUUGAAAGUGCCUUGGAGUUUGCUAUUAAGAUUGAUCAAGCUGAAGAGUUCCUCCAGAACACCCAGGAGUUCGAGACUGCCGAGUCCUUAAGGUCACUUCUUCAGCUUCAUGAACAUCACACCAAAGAACUCUUAGAACGAUCUCUAGCACUUUUAAACAAAAGUCAACAGCUCACUGACUUCAUAGAAAAAUUCAAGUGUGAUGGACCUAACGUAAAUCCUGAGCUGAUUCAGGGAGCUCGUAGUAGCUGCCUGAAGAUCGACAGUCUUCUUGAACUUCUACAAGACAGGAGACGGCAACUAGACAAGUACCUGAAGCAACAGCGGCAGGAAUUGAGUCAGGUUCUGCAGAUAUGUCAGUGGGACCAACAAGAAAAUCAGGUUACUUGUUGGUUUCAGAAAACCAUAAGAGAUUUACGGGAACAAAGUCUCGGUUCAUCACUUUCAGAUAAUGAGGAGCUAAUCCGUAAGCACGAGGAACUAAAAAUAAAAGCAAAGGAAUGGAAUGCCGCUGUUGAGAAGCUGAAGAGCGAGGCACUUGAGAUUCUGCUGUCCAAGGACCACGUGGAGAAAGAACAUCUACAGCUGUCUAACCAGAAACUGAAUCGGCUUCAAGAAGAAUUUGGUCAGCUCGUCGCGGAGAGGAAAAUCUGGUUAAAAAAGGCGAAUGAUUUCUUUAACAGCGCCAACAAGGCGUUUGAUGUACUUGGAAGAGUCGAAGCUUACCUUAAGCUCCUUAAGUCAGAGGGUUUAAGUCUGCCUGUCUUGGCAGCGAGGCAUGAGGAAUUACACGGAGAAAUUAAAGGCUGCACUGCUGAUGCUUUGCAAAAGGGACAAGCCUUAAUCAGCCAAGUGGACUCCUGCAGCUCCCGGGUGACCGGCGUCCAUGAGAUGAUGGGAUGCAUCCAGAGACGAGUGGAUCAUCUGACCGGACAGUGUUCAGCGCACAAGGAAUUUGCUCUCAAGAAACAACAAUUAGCAGUCUCAGUGGAGGGCUACCUGAGGAAGGUGGAAAUGUCAAUUCAGGAAAUCAGUCUAGUACUUUCCAAUGCCAUGGAUGUCGGUUCCAGCCUUUCUGAGUCAGAGAAGAUUUUGCGUAAAUAUUUGGAACUAGAUAUCCAAGCUAAGGAAGCAUCACAUGAAUUAGAAGCAGCCACAAAACUUAUGACAGAGAAAAAUGAAUUUGAACCUGAGGAAGUGGCAUCACUUUCUUCUAAAGCUAAAUGGCUAGAGGAAGAAUUAAACAUACUUGGCCAAAGCAUCGGCUCCAGGUCCCAAGUCCUGCAGACCUAUGUGGCAUUUCUAAAGUCAUCAGAGGAGGUAGCGGAGCAGUGUGAGAGCCUGAAGGAGUUUUACCAAAUGGAAAGCCCGAGGAAGGAAGAGGAUACCGCGGAAGCCAAGCACUGGUCUGACUCAGCCGAGAAGCAGUGGCAGCUCUUUUUAAAAAGGAGUUUUUUAGUUCAAGACCUAGGGCUUGAGUUCCUUAAUUUGAUAAAUAUGGCAAAAGAGAAUGAAAUAUUAAAUGUGAAAAAUAAAGUGCACAUUAUGGAGAACGCUAUGGAAAGUCUGAAGGCAGAAAGGGAAGAACUCGGCCGCCUUCGGAUGGCAUGGCGACUCACAGCCUCCGCGAGCCAGCCUGUGAAGCAGCAGUGGGGAGCGUUCAAAGAGCAACUGAGAAAGACUACUCACAACUUAAAACUUCUUCAGGAAGCACUCAUGCCUGUGUCUGCACUUGACCUUGGAGGGAGCCUCCAGACCAUUUUAGGUCUAAGGAAAAACUGGAAGGCAAUGCAGCCUCAGUUCCAGCAACUGAAUGAUGAGGUUCAAUACAUUAUAAAAGAAUCAGAGGAGUUAAAUGGCAAAGGAGCCCCUGUGAAAGAGAAGUACCAACAGCUGAAGGACCUCAUUCAACUCCAUCAAAAACAGAAAGAGAGGAUCCAGGACUAUGAGGACAUCCUGUACAAGACAGUCCAGUUCCACCAAGUCAAGGAAGAGCUUGAACAUCUCCUCAAAUCAAGAGAAUUGGAGUUUCUAGAGCAGCCAACGGAACUGGAUAAUGCUCGCGAUGCCCAGGUUCGCCUCCGUCGCUCUCAGGAAAAGCAGGCACAUAUAGACCAGCUCCACAAACUGGCCCUUUGCCUGGGAGUGGACAUCAUCUCAUCAGCGCAGCGGCCUAGCUGCACUAAUGUGUUUGCAAAGAACCUGCAGCGGCAGCUGGACAUCCUUGAGGGGGAGAGCGUGAACUGGCGAGCCCGAGCCCAGGAGUAUGGGCGGACCCUGGCCGGCAGCUUGCAGUACUGUGCCACGAGGGACGAGAUAAGCGAGCUCAGAGAGUCAUUCAAGGAUAUCAAAAAGAAAUUUAACAAUUUGAAGUUUAAUUACACUAAGAAAAAUGAAAAAGCAAAGAAUCUGAAGGUUCUGAAAUAUCAAAUUCAACAAGUUGAUAUGUAUGCUGAGAAAAUACAGGUUUUGAAAAGGAAAAUGGAAAAAGUUGAGAACAAGACUCCUGAAUCUUUCUUAAAUUACCCAAAUAGUAAAGUUACUGACCUUUUGGAAGCCAUGAAGGAUUUGCAAAAACAUGUGGAUGAGUUUGAUAAAGUUGUAACAGAUUACAAGAAGAAUUUGGACCUGACCGAGCACCUCCAUGAGAUGAUAGAAGAGUGUCAUUUUUGGUGUGAAGAUGCAAGUGCCACAGUUGUAAGAGUUGGAAAAUAUUCCACAGAAUGCCAGACAAGGGAGGCUGUGGAAAUUCUACACCAGCAGUUCAACAAGUUUAUCACGCCUUCAGUGCCUCAGCAAGAAGAAAGGAUUCAGGAGAUCAGUGACCUCGCUCAGCGAUUAUAUGGUUUUGAAGAAGGGCAGAAAUGUACUGAAAAAAUUGUGGCAAAACACAAAGAGGUUCUUGAAUCUAUUACUGAAUUAUGCAGCUCUCUCACAGAGCUUGAAGAAAAGCUGAAGCAGGGAGAUGCUCUAAAGAUAAAUCUGAGUUCGGAAGACUUCCACGAUGAUUGCAUUGACCUUCUGAAAGAACCAGUGAGAAGUAAGCAGACAGUUUUCAAUGAAGAAAUGAAUAAGGAGCAGGGGCAGGGGGCAGGCACUUUGCCCGUCGAUGGAGCAGGUGAGGCUCAGCUACCUCCGGACCGGCCGCGGCUCUCCUCUGGCCAAGAGCGCGGUGUCCACGGUCCGCCCCUGCCUGCGGACACGCUUUCUGCAGAAGAACAUGAGUGUGUCUCUCCCGAUGACAUCUCCUUACCUCCACUGCCAGGGAGCCCCGAUUCCCCGCUCGCACCGUCGGACAUGGAGGUAGAAGAACACGCCAGCCCCUCCCGCAGCCUUCACAGGAGCAGCGACAGGAUGCAGAUGGCGGCCAGUGGUCCAGGGGAGGCCCAGGAGUGUGGCCUUCCUCCGCCUGCUGCUUUUGCCGAUACUUGCAGUGAUGAGAGAGAAACAUUUUCAAGUCAUUUUGAGAAGCCUUCCCCCCAGUUCAAAGCUGAGCCCCCAUUCACCUCCAGAGGGUUUCUGGAACAGAGCACAGCCAUCAGCAAAAGCCACGCUGACCAUCCUGGGAGCAUGCCGAGUGGAGUGCAUGAGCGAGCUUGCCAGCAGCACCCGCGGGCUCGGGAAAGUGUGCUAGAAACCCGGGAGGAAAUGCAUGCUGCUAAUAACGGCACUAAAACCCAAGACAGGCUGCAUGCUUCCCCGGGCGCGCUCUCGGGCCUCGGGUUCCAAUUAGGCCCCAGCCGGGUCUAUCAGAGGCAAGUGGUUUCCCAGGAAGAGAUUAAAAGUACAUCAGCAAAGAACAGCGUGGUCAGCCUAGCUGGCCAGGCACCCAGUUUCUCCAGGCUCCAGUCUAAUGUCACUGUCGUGGAAGGUUCUCCAGUGACUUUGGAAGUUGAAGUAACAGGAUUUCCAGAGCCUACACUGACAUGGUACAAGAAGGGCCAGAAAUUGCCUGCAGAUGGACACUUACAGGUUUUACACAAGGAGACGAGGCAUGCGGUGUUCAUUCCGAAGGUAUGCGGGGCAGACGCAGGCCUCUAUGUGGCUCGGGCCCAGAACUCUAGUGGCAUUCUCUCUUCCAAUGUCAUCCUCCAUGUGACAGGUAACCGCAGGCCGCCAAUCACAAGGAUAAACUGGAUCAUGCUGUGUGUCAUCUAUGUUAGUGUAUCGCUCGUGUACUGGCUACUCAUACAGUAACUGUGGGGUUGGCACCCAUGGACGUCCUUCUCGCAAGCCUAAAGGACAAUACUGUUGUUUAUUUUCCUGCAUUUCCCAUAAAGCACCCCACCAACUGUAUCUCCCUUCCGGCCAUAUUGCUUGUUUGGCUAAUACCACUGUUCAGUGAAAUAAUCCAAUUUUCUUUAGCGCUUUAAUCUAUUUCAGGAGCUUAGAAAAUUACUUGUUUUGGAUAAGGGUACAUUUUUGUAUUCUAGAGAGAGAUGUGUUCAAUAUAAAAUGGUAAAAUUAUGCUAUGUUUGUUCCUUCCUAAUUUAGGAGCAUGCAGAUCAAGGCUCAUAGCAUAGAGA